CAUUGGUAUGUCAAAUUAGGGAAAUGCAUGCAAAAGCUCACAGCUGUUUCAGUAAAACAAGCAAUAUUUUUUGAUUAUUGAGCAAAAUUUACUAUUCACAUUACCACAUCAUGCCAGAAGAAUCAAAGAAAAAUCAGCCCAAAGGUCGAAAUGAUGCCAAGGAGCAAAGAAAACCCCGGCACGGCCGACAUCAAGGAGGAAAGGAAAAGGAAGGAAAGGAAAAAAAACACGAUACAGCUGCUGAACCGAAAGUUCCAGUACCACAAAAGCCUGUUUACGAGGAGCCUGGGCCAGAAUUCUACAAAAACUUAAAACGAGAAACAGAUGAGAUCCUAAAGAUCACAGAAGAAGCCAACUCAAAGUACAAGAAAAAAGAAAUUCAGAGCAACUGGGCCAAGUAUGAAAUGCCCAUUGAAAGUUAUGAUGAGAUUGAAGAGCAAGAAAAUAUGGGAGCUGAUUAUGAGAAACUUAUUGAAGCACCUCUAUCUGUUGGUGGGCACUUCCAAUUCAAACAUGAAAAAUCUUGGGACACUGACACUGGUCCUUCUCCUUAUGACAAAUAUUUUGAAAUAAAUAUGGAUAAUUUAGCACUCAGUAUCUCAACAAUACCAUUUUAUGAACGCAUCAACAUAGACAAAUCAAUCUUUAGUGAGACAGAUAUGUUGAAUAUGAAUAACAGAGCUACAAGAUUUAAACAAAAAUAUUACAAUGACAAAUCAUUUACAACUCCAGAGUUACAAGUUCAGGACAAGAUUCUCAGUAGCCUCAUGGGAAACAAAGAGAAAGUAGAUAGCAUUGAAUUAAAGUAUGAAGAGACAGAAGAAAAUUCAGUAGAACAAAAGGACCAUAUUAAUGUGGCUAAUGAAACACUCACUGAACAAAUUCUGGAUCUACCAAGUGCCACUAUAGAUAGCUCAAGCAUAAAUAAAGCAAAGGUUCCUGAUAAAAAUCAACCAGAAUUCGAGUCUGAACCAUUGAAAGCUACAGUACUGCCAGUAAAAAAACUACAAAAUAGUAAAGAUCUAGAUAGUUUAGAUGAUUUAAUUUCGGGUGACCAAAUCAAAAAUCCUCAAGACCUGGAACUAAAAACUAUUGAAAUUCCAGACAUAAAAGAUAUGGAAGAUGUUAUUGUUGCUGAAAAUCGAAAACCAAAACAAGAAGAAUCAAAAAAUGUCGUCAUAGAAUCUCCAGAAGACCUAGAAAAAUGGUUAGACGAUUUUUUGGACGGUUAAAAUGACUAUAACGGCCACUGCUUAAAUAAUCUCGCAUAUUACAGUCUAGGUAUAUACAGAGAACAGAUUGAUCGUUUUAUUUAUUUCAUGUAGGUUACACAAGCUAUCAA